AUGACCCAUUCCCCUAACAUAUCUGGUCUGGGGAUCAUUCAGCUGGGGAAGACUGGAGCAGGGAUGAGUGCAACCGGAAACACCAAACGGGUGUUUAUAGAAGAGUUCUCUUCUGAGUCUGUGACGACACAAUUAGUAGCAGGAGAAGGAGAAGCAGCAACAGAAGGUGUACUAGCAGUAGUAGCAGGAGAAGGAGAAGCAGGAGAAGCAGCAACAGCAGGUGUACUAGCAGUAGUAGCAGGAGAAGGAGAAGCAGGAGAAGCAGCAACAGAAGGUGUACUAGCAGUAGUAGCAGGAGAAGGAGAAUCAGGAGAAGCAGCAACAGCAGGUGUACUAGCAGUAGUAGCAGGAGAAGGAGAAGCAGGAGAAGCAGCAACAGCAGGUGUACUAGCAGUAGUAGCAGGAGAAGGAGAAGCAGCAACAGCAGGUGUACUAGCAGUAGUAGCAGGAGAAGCAGCAACAGCAGGUGUACUAGCAGUAGUAGCAGGAGAAGGAGAAGCAGGAGAAGCAGCAACAGCAGGUGUACUAGCAGUAGUAGCAGGAGAAGCAGCAACAGCAGGUGUACUAGCAGUAGUAGCAGGAGAAGCAGCAACAGCAGGUGUACUAGCAGUAGUAGCAGGAGAAGGAGAAGCAGGAGAAGCAGCAACAGCAGGUGUACUAGCAGUAGUAGCAGGAGAAGGAGAAGCAGGAGAAGCAGCAACAGCAGGUGUACUAGCAGUAGUAGCAGGAGAAGGAGAAGCAGCAACAGCAGGUGUACUAGCAGCAGUACUAGGAGGAGUAGCAGGAGAAGGAGCAGCAGGAGGAGGAGCAGGGGAAGGAGCAACAGAAGGUGUACUAGGAGUAGCAGGAGAAGGAGCAGGGGAAGGUAUAGUAGCAGCAGUACUAGGAGGAGUAGCAGGAGGAGCAGCAACAGGAGUAUUGGUACUGGCUUUGGGAAUACCAGCAGGAAUAGCAGGAGCAGGAGUAGCAGCAGUUGCAGGAGUAGCAUUUGCAGAGAUUUUUCAAAAACUUACGCCGAAAUCUACAAAAGGCAGGUGGAAAAGAGAAAGCCUCUGAAAAGGUAGUACAGAUCUGGUUAACAACAAUUAAACUACAUGAGAGUAUAUCGUAUGUUUGGUUCUCUAGUUAAGACUAAUGUAAAAUGUACAUGUUCAAAUUAUAAAACAAACGUACAUCAAUAUCCCUUUAUGGAAGGAACUUUUUCAAAUCAGUCCAUCCCUCUUAUUUAUCGUCAUUUUUUUCAAUGGACCGUUUAGGGACCCCCCAAAAAAACAUUCUUUAAGUUGCAAUGUGAAUAAAUGUUACUAUCAUGUUUGUGUAGUGAAACAUGGGUAAUUUCAUGGUGUUUUUAAAGUAACCAAUGAAGGAUAUAUCACUGAUUAAAUAGAAUGUGUCUAUUGUGCCUUGCAUGCAAUAUAAGUAUAAAAAAAUUGAUAUUUUAUUGACAUGUUGUGUACCAUUAGUCAAUGGGUGUGGCGUGUCCCCUGUAAAUCAGACUCAACACAUAGAUUGACGUUGUGUGGAUCCAUUUCUCUCCAGAGUCGGUUGGAUAGAAGAUCCUACAGCCACGGUCAAUUUGAAGGCAAACUGACAUAAUGCCUAGAUUGGUCUCCUGCAGUAAUCCUUGGCUAUUGCAGUGUUCCAUUAAAAAAAGAGCAUCUCUGCCAUUAUUUCAACUUCUAACAAUAAUAAUAAUAUUUUGUCAUUUUGGAUUAUAUUAAUUGAGACAGUUUUAUAUCUUGUGUUCAUGCUGUUCUGCAACAUAAAAACAAUGAUCAAGAUUACACAGUCCGUGACGUCACUGCUUUGAGUUUGCGUAGGCCUGCAGUACAUAUUGCCAUCUACUGGGCAGGUUGUGUUACUACAUUUGAUUCCCCUCAACUGUCAUUCAGUGUGUAGAAGAGAUUCCCAUCUGAACAACAUGCAUCCAGCUGCAGACCCACAGCAGAUUGUCUGUCACUACAACUGGCCUGGCACUGAAAUCAAUACUACUGGCCUGGCACUGAAAUCAAUACUACUGGCCUGGCACUGAAAUCAAUACCACUGGCCUGGCACUGAAAUCAAUACUACUGGCCUGGCACUGAAAUCAAUACCACUGGCCUGGCACUGAAAUCAAUACCACUGGCCUGGCACUGAAAUCAAUACCACUGGCCUGGCACUGAAAUCAAUACCACUGGCCUGGCACUGAAAUCAAUACCACUGGCCUGGCACUGAAAUCAAUACCACUGGCCUGGCACUGAAAUCAAUACCACUGGCCUGGCACUGAAAUCAAUACUACUGGCCUGGCACUGAAAUCAAUACCACUGGCCGUGGAGAAUCCCAAUCACACACACACACACCAACUCUUUGCAUAAUCCUAGCUCUCUUUCUUCCUUUCCUAGCUCCUUUUCCUAAUUAUUUUACCACUUCUAUAAACUUAUUAACGGAAGACAUGUUAUUAAACCGUGGUACUAAGCAUGCCAGUGUUACCAGUGUCUUACUGGGGGCCAGUUUCCUGGACCCAGAACACAUCUUCUCAGGAAGACAUUGUCCAUAGAUAAUCCCAGUGGUUUCCCCAGUCAGUAUUAGUGGAGUAGUGGUUGUAAUGCAUUAGAUAAUGAAUAAGUUCUAUAAACACCAAAGAGGUGUUUAUAAUAUAUAAUAAUAAUAUAUGCCAUUUAGCAGACGCUUUUAUCCAAAGCGACUUACAGUCAUGUGUGCAUACAUUCUACGUAUGGGUGGUCCCGGGAAUCGAACCCACUACCCUGGCGUUACAAGCGCCAUGCUCUACCAACUGAGCUACAGAAGGACCAUAGAACAGUUCUCUUCUGAGUCUGUGACGACACAAUGUGAGGAUGUCCAGAGGAUGAAGAGGACAGCUUCAGACACGACUGAAACAGGAGGAGGAAGAGGACAGCUUCAGACACUACUGAAACAGCAGGAGGAAGAGGACAGCUUCAGACACUACUGAAACAGCAGGAGGAAGAGGACAGCUUCAGACACUACUGAAACAGCAGGAGGAAGAGGACAGCUUCAGACACUACUGAAACAGCAGGAGGAAGAGGACAGCUUCAGACACUACUGAAACAGCAGGAGGAAGAAGACAGCUUCAGACACUACUGAAACAGCAGGAGGAAGAAGACAGCUUCAGACACUACUGAAACAGCAGGAGGAAGAAGACAGCUUCAGACACUACUGAAACAGCAGGAGGAGUUGUAUAUCUUGUUCAUGCUGUAAUGCAACAUACAAAAAUAAAUCAAGAUUACACAAUCCGUGAUGUCACUACUUUCAGUUUGAAUAGGCCUACGAUACAUAUUGCCAUCUACUGGGCAGGUUGUGUUACCACAGGCCGACCGCUCACAGGCCGACCGCUCACAGGCCAGCCGCUCACCACAGGCCGACCGCUCACAGGCCAGCCGCUCACCACAGGCAACCCGCUCACCACAGGCAACCCGCUCACAGGCCGACCGCUCACAGGCCGACCGCUGACACAGGCCAACCGCUCACAGGCCGACCGCUUACCACAGGCAAACAGCUCACCACAGGCCAACCGCUCACAGGCAAACCGCUCACCACAGGCAAAUGCACCUGGUGCAUUGUGCUGCACCUGGUGGUCUGCGCUGUUUGGUUGAGAGAUAACUAAUAACUGCAUGUAAUUUAAAGGGAUAGCCCUACCUCUUUCAGGUGGUGGCGAUCUAGUUGAUUAGUUGUGUGUGUCGACCAAUGAGAAGCAGGCUCCCCUCCUACUUGGGAGGGGUUUCGUACAAGUACUUGUUUCUCUUGGAAGAAACAUGUAAAUGCUUUAAAAAAAAUUGUGUUGAAACCUUGAUCUUACGGUCAUAUCCCGUUGAGUAUUGUUGGUCUAUUGCCCUUUCAUUUUUUUUUUUGUUUAUCUUCAUCUUUUUUUAUGGGAUGUUUAUGGAUCAAACUAAAUGUGUUCUUACAGUUUCAAUGUAUAUUAUAUUACUAUCAUGUCUGUGUUGUGAAACAUGGGUCAAUUCAUUAUGUUUUUAAAAUAACCCAUGAAGGAUAUUUAACCGAUUAUAUUCUGUCCCUUUGUACCUUGCAUGCAUGUAAGAAAAUAAAACACCAACUAUUUGAUUGAGA